AUUUGCCUGUUUUCUAGAAGUUUUUUAAUAAUCUUGUCACUUGGAUAGGAUUAGGUAAUUAGAUAAUCUUUCUAUCGUAAAAAUGGCCCUUGUUAUCUGCAGAUACCUGGGACACUCCUUUUGUGGAAGUUGAUCAUUUUAAAACCACUUUCUGUGUGAAUAGAUACUGAAUGACACAAGGAGGGGUUUUGUAUUGUUUAAAGAGCCACUUCACCCCCCAAAUUCUUUGUUUAAUUCAUUUCAAGAGAUGAAUGUGUUGUCAAUCUUCAGACAGUGGAUCUGAGACACAUGUCUCAUUCCCACAACAUCAGAGGGAGUUAAUUUUGACAAAAAGUCGACUACGUAAAAGGCCUACGCUGCUCUUUACUGUGAUUCUGUCAAGUUGUAGGAGUAAAAGAUGUGAAAAAAUUAAAUAAAUUAAAAAAAAGGUCAAAUGUGGUCGAAUUAAACAAACACAGCAGCAUGAUAAUGAUUUUAAGUUUAUUCUUCAUUUGAGUGGGAAACAAUUGGGUGAAACUGCCCUGUAAUCUUUAUUAAAUUGAAACUACGUACAUACGAUUCAGCUUCUCAAAUAGUGUCAUGUUACUGUCACAACUUUAAUGAACAGUUAACAAGUUCUUUGGUGUGGAAAAUCAAAUCACCCCUGCAGUAAAUGAUGAAUACAUUAGAUACUGUGUCUAUCAAGGCUGAUGAGGUCUUAACGUGUGCUUCUCAGGCAAUAGGACACAGAGAGAAAGCCAUUGUUAGCAGCUAUCAAUAGGACAGGAAGACUUUGAUCAAGCUUCGGAAACACCCAGUCUUAAAAAAGCAGAAUUUCACCAGGAGAGGAAAGCAUUUCAGUCUUUGAAAACAGCAAACUAACAGAAACAGUUAGGCUUGUAAAAUAAGCUUUGGGCAGCUUCACGCUGCUGCUGUUUGUUGUCCAUUCAAAAGGAUGGAUACUUUGGAGGCAUAAGAUGUUCACAGAGGAGGAUGUGCAAGUGCAGUGAAUGUCUGUGUUUGUGUGUGUGUGUGUGUGUAUUUGCCUUCAGCGAAACCUCUGAUCUUUCCUGUGCUUUUUAGACAUGCACCCUACUAGUCGGUUCAAGUUGCGUGUGUUUGUGUGUGUGUGUGUGUGUGUGUUGAUGCCUGUGUGCGUGUUGGUCAUAGAGGUUUGAGGGCUUUUUAUUGACAUGAUCGACAAGUGCACAUAAGUGCCUGGGUUACUGAUUACAGGUGAUGUUGUAGUUUGCUUGUGAUAAGACUCUUGCUUUAAGCACAAAGUCCUGCCAAGUACAACAGGGCUUCAGCUACGUUAGCACAUCCCAGCCAUCCCUCACAGGACCACCGCUGCCUCUCAGGCCCACUGGUGUUGUGUUCUCUGCCUCUUUGCACUGACUGAGAGAAAAACAGCAUCAUGAGUGUAGAGUCCAAAAAAACACGUGAGGCUUGCUGCUCCAAGCUCAAGCUCUUCCUGGCCUCGCUGGCGUUUGUGUAUUUCGCCAAAGCCUUUGGUGGCGCCUAUAUGAAGAGCUCCAUCACUCAGAUCGAGAGGCGCUUCGACAUCCCCAGCUCUCUCAUUGGGGUUAUAGAUGGCAGCUUUGAAAUGGGAAACUUGUUGGUAAUAGCAUUUGUGAGCUACUUUGGUGCAAAGCUCCAUCGUCCCAGGCUGAUCGGUAUCGGCUGUGUGAUAAUGGCUUUUGGAUCGUUCAUCAUCUCCCUGCCUCACUUCCUCCAAGAUUUGUAUAAAUAUGAGACGAGUGUGACUCACAGCAUCGAUGCCAACAGCACUGAGACCAUCCUGCCAUGUCUCACCAACCACAGCAUGACUGACACAGAUGAGACACUCGAUUUAGAGCCCAAAGCAGCUUGUGAGCAGGCAGUGGGCUCAUCCAUGUGGAUCUAUGUGUUCGUGGGGAACAUGCUGCGGGGGAUUGGGGAGACUCCCAUCAUGCCCCUGGGUGUUUCCUACCUGGACGAUUUCUCCAAAGAAGAGAAUACUCCUUUUUAUUUGGCAUGUAUUAAUACAGUGGGAAUCUUAGGCCCUAUGUUUGGGUACAUGCUUGGGUCCUUCCUCGCUAAGAUCUAUGUGGACGUUGGAUUUGUGGAUUUAGAGAGUGUCAGCAUUAACUAUAAGGACUCCCGCUGGGUGGGGGCCUGGUGGUUGGGCUUCAUAGCCACUGGCACUGUGGCCCUGCUGUCCAGUAUCCCAUUCUUCUUCCUGCCCAGGUCUCUGCCCAAGCAGGGCGAAGAGCACAUUCACAACCACAUAGAACUGUCCUCAUUGGCAGAGCAGGAUAAUUUCCUUGCAGAUGAGCAGGAGCAGGAGGAGGAGAAAGAGAAGCAGGUCUCAAUCCGGGAGAUGGCUAAAGAGUUCGUUCCGUCUCUGAAACGACUCUUCAGGAACAGCAUCUACACACUGAUGAUCCUCACAUACCUGGUGGUCGUCAAUGGCUUCAUUGGCCUCAUCACCUUCAAGCCCAAGUUUCUGGAGCAAACUUAUGGCCAAUCAGCUUCCAAAGCCACUUUCCUCAUAGGCGUUCUGAACCUGCCUGCAGUGGCGUUGGGCAUCAUCACAGGAGGUUAUGUGUUGAAACGCUUCAAGCUGGGUGUCAUCGGCGCAGCCAGGGUGGCCAUUACCACCACUGUCACGUCGUUUUGUCUGCUCGCAGUGCAGGUCUUCUUGCACUGUGACAACGCAGAAGUGGCUGGUCUCACUGUGUCAUAUCAGGGGGAUUCUCAUGUGUCUUACAACCAGCAGACGUUGCUGUCGCAGUGCAAUGCAGGCUGUUCUUGCUCAAUGAAGCACUGGGACCCCGUGUGUUCCCAAAACGGCAUGACGUAUGUGUCACCCUGCCUGGCUGGCUGUCAAACCUCCACUGGCGUUGGCAGGAAUAUGGAGUUUCAUAACUGUACCUGUGUUGGGGAGAUGAUAACUCCAGGCAUGAACAUGUCUACAGUGCUGGGCCAGUGCACCAGGAGUAGCAACUGUGAUAGGAUGUUCAAAAUCUACAUGGCUUUGUCCGUGGUUGGGUCCUUCAUAUCUGCAUGCGGCGGCACACCAGGAUACAUAGUUCUGCUCAGAUCCAUACAGUCAGACUUAAAGGCCCUGGCGUUGGGUAUGCAGACACUCAUAGUAAGAACUCUGGGUGGGAUCCCGCCCCCUAUUUACUUUGGAGUGCUCAUUGACCGGACCUGUUUGAAGUGGGGUACCAAGCAGUGCGGAGGGCGAGGGGCAUGUAGGCUCUAUGAUGCUAACACCUUCAGAGUAACCUACCUAGGGCUGAUUAAUGGAUUCUACUUCCUGUCCAACAUACUUUGGGUGUUCCUCUACUUCAAAAUUGUCAAGCGACAUAAGAAACUGGCCCUAAGGAAUCAGGCCAAAGAGAACGGACUUGAGGGCAAAGGAGAGGCCAAUGGACGUGCCAGCAUCAGCAUCAGCAUCACCAAAGGCAAAGACGACACAGACAAGGAGAGCACGAUUUAAGGAUACACAGAUCGACACCUCUGUAAAAUGCAGGUGAUUACGCGUGCAGUAAUUUCCAUUGCAUUACUACUGUGCUGCACCCAGACCCGGACCAAAGGCGACAAUGGUACAGUGUCAGUGUUCUUUAGUCUUUUUAUAUAGUGGUUAUACUGUAUACUGUAUUUUUUUUUACAGCAUAUGCUCAAUAUGAUGUAUGUACAGUGCAUUGUUUUGAAUGCUAAUGUUUGUAUGAGUUACUGACAAUGUUUUGCAGCUGUGGGUGAGGGUUUGUGAGAUAGCACAGCUAUUCUUACCACUGAGCUGAGACAUGAUGAAUAAAUAAAGAGGCCUAAAGGGAUACUCCAUGUUUUUUGAAGUGUGGUUGUAUGUAUUAUCAACACAGGGGACUCUUGCUCUCACUGAUAACAUGGCUGACAGAUUUUAGUCACUUAUCAUGCCUGCUUAAGUCUACUUUAUCUUCAAAGUGUGUUUUUUAAGAUAAAGUUAGUUAAAGUUACUGUUAGGCAACCCUUUCCAUCUGAAAAGUGAAGUUUGUACUCCACCUAAGCCCUACAUCAAAUCCCAUUGAGAAAAGCAGUGAUUUAACAUCACAGCACUCAGGAGUGUUAGAUUCACUGCUGCCCCCACCAGUGAGUUCAAAUAGGUCUAUGUUAUGACUUGGAUGUUUCACAGUCUUCAUUCGGAAGUGACGCAAACUCAGUAAAUGAGGUUUUCUCGAUGGACUUUAGUGCAGGAGAGGGAACAGUUUCCAAAUGUUUCCAGCUGUCGAAUGAUGAGGUAAAGCCACAAACAUAUUCUAUAAGAUAUCGCAGGCUUAGCCAGGGGUGGAUUCUAUUAGGGUACCGUUUUGUUAAGUGGCUAAAAUCUGUAUUUCCAGCGUCUGCCCCAGCUGGCAGCUGUGUUGUGAUUGAGAGCUUGUAUCUGGGUUGACAAUACGUCAGUGCUAUACUACACGACACCUGAUAUGACUUUAUACAGAGGAUAAGGUGUAUAUACUCACUGGCACUGUGCAAAUGAUAGUGUGCAUGCAUUACAUUGGCAUAAAAGGAACUUCUACUCAAACGUUGAUCCCAAUCUAUGGUUUUUGAAAAAGAAUAUAGUCUUUUUAGUACGUGACAGGAGCCACACCGAACAACUUCUAUGUAGUAUUUUUUUUUUGUCCAUGCAAACUGAAGAAGAAGAAGAGGGACAGUGAGGCUGCUAACUUUACUCUACUAUCAGUGCUGUGCCUCUGUAACAUUAAUCGUCUAGAUAGCUCACCUUUACACACUUCUAGUUACAUCACAUCGCGCACAUGUCACACAAACACGGAAGGUCAUCAACAUUCACAUAAUCUGCUAACUCUUGUCAUGUUUGUUUUCCAAGGUUCACUGUCGUUUUGCAAAGUGGGGUAAGAGUGAGCGGAUUUCAACCCUGUUUUACCCUGUAGUUAUAGAGAGAGAGUGGAUUAUCAUCAGUAUAUACAGCACCGACAUUGACAGCUUGCUGCAAAUAUAUAAGACUGACUUUCAGUCGCAUGAUUUUAAUCCAGAUGACGAUGAUCAAAGAAUUUGACAGAAACAAAAUUGGUGGCACCCUAAGUCUUUUGCACAGCACUGGAGCUAUAGCUGGUUAUAGUUAAGCGUUAGACUAGAUUUGUAUUAAGUCCAAUAUUUUUUGUCUUAUCAUAACUUUUUACAGUUUUGUUAAUUGUCCUUGAACAAAUAUCUGACAACAUUAAAGAAAUGUUUUGAAAAUACACAA